AACACCUGCACGUUCUUUUUCUCUGCGAUUUUGUUAGAGACACGUGCGUAGUUUACGCCGAAAUCUUUAAAGUAAGGCAAAAUGACUGAGGGAACCGCGACAAUUCGCACUCGCAAAUUCAUGACCAACAGGUUGUUGGCGCGAAAGCAGAUGGUCUGCGAUGUUUUACAUCCAGGGAAACCCACUGUUAGCAAGACAGAGAUCCGUGAGAAGCUUGCUAAGAUGUACAAAGUGACCCCCGAUGUUGUUUUCGUAUUCGGAUUCAAGACUAACUUUGGCGGUGGCAAGUCGACCGGUUUUGCGUUGAUUUACGAUACCCUGGACUUAGCAAAGAAGUUCGAGCCUAAGCACAGGCUACAGAGGCAUGGUCUAUACGAGAAGAAGCGACCGACACGCAAGCAGCGCAAGGAACGCAAGAACAGAAUGAAGAAGGUGCGCGGUACCAAGAAAGCCAAGGUAGGCGCGGCCGCUAAGAAGUGAUGUGACAGUUAGGACUGUAAGUAAAUAAAAAUCCAAAAAAACUGA